AUGCGCGCUUUUCUAGCCUUUCUACUCAUCUUUGUAGCUGUUAACGCUGCUCCUCUCAACGUCGAGGAUGCCUUGAAGCAGAUCCAACAUCAAGUUGAAGCUUUAGAGAGAUCUAUUGGAACUCCACAGGAAAAAGAAAAAGAAGAUGCUGCCAAGCUCAUCUACACUCAACCAGAAGAUGUAAAAGCUUGGCAACCAUCGAAACGUAUGGUCGCUUGGCAGCCAAUGAAGAGAACUGUCACCGAUGAAAGAGCUCCACUAAUCCAUGCUAUCGAAGCUCGUCUAACUGAAGUUUUGCGUGCUGGAGAACGUCUUGGAGUUUCAGCUGAGGAAGUUCUUGCGGAUCUUCGCUUCAGAAACCACAUUGUUAAUUAA